ACAAAAACUUUUUCUUCUUAAAAAAAUUCAUUACAAAAGUUCCACAGUCCAUACUCUUUUCUCUGCCUCUCAGAUUUUUAUUUUCUUUCUCUGUGUUUCUCUAGCUCUUUCUUCCUCAGAUGAAUUGCCUUCACUAUCUCCCAAGAUCCUCUGUUUUGCCUUUGCAAGGCUUCAAAUGUCACCAGAGAAAGCCUGCUUCUUCAUUUUCGGUUAAUGAGGUGCGAAUUAUCAAUUGUAGUGAUCUGCAUCGAACCAUGUCUGUAAAGGCAAUUUCUGGUUCUGCAUCUAGUGCUGACAUAAGUGGUGCAGAUGUGAAGGAGGACAAGGGAAAAUCUGAUAUAUACAGUCAUAAUAUGACGGAAGCCAUGGGUGCUGUUUUGACCUAUAGGCAUGAACUAGGAAUGAACUACAACUUCAUUCGUCCAGAUUUGAUUGUAGGAUCAUGCCUGCAGACUCCUGGAGAUGUUGACAAGCUUCGAAAAAUAGGAGUGAAAACCAUAUUUUGCUUGCAACAGGAUCCAGACUUGGAAUAUUUUGGGGUAGAUAUCAGUGCCAUUCACGAAUAUGCCGAGAAAUGUGGUGACAUUCAACAUCUGCGUGCAGAAAUAAGGGACUUUGAUGCAUUUGAUUUACGUAUACGGCUUCCAGCGGUGGUCUGUAAAUUAUUCAGAGCCAUAAACCAAAAUGGAGGUGUGACGUAUAUACAUUGCACUGCUGGACUGGGAAGAGCUCCUGCUGUUGCAAUGGCAUACAUGUUUUGGGUUCAGGGCUACAAACUUGGUGAAGCUCAUGAUUUACUUCUGAGUAAGCGUUCAUGCUUCCCCAAGCUGGAUGCUAUAAAAAGUGCUACUGCCGAUAUACUUACAGGUCUUAGGAAGAGGCUUGUUAAUCUGACGUGGAAAGGUGACAACUGCUCAACAGUGGAAAUUUCUGGACUUGAUAUUGGAUGGGGCCAGAGAAUACCUUUAAAAUUUGAUGAGGAAAAGGGUUUUUGGAUUCUCGAAAGGGACUUGUUGGAAGGACGCUAUGAGUACAAAUACAUUAUUGAUGGUGAAUGGACAUUUAACCAACAUGAGCUGGUUACCUCUCCCAACAAAGAUGGGCACGUCAACAAUUAUAUUCAAGUUUUCAAUGACAAUAGUGACAGCACUAGUGCAGCAGUACGUAAGAGGUUGACCGGUGAUGAUCCAUAUCUAACAAGGGAUGAACGGUUGGAAAUAAGACAGUUUCUUGAAACUUCUUUUGAUGAUGAUGGUGAUGAGUAAAUUGGAAAAGAAAAGGUACACAAAUCUGCAUAUAAAUAUGUAAUGAGAUGUUAUAAGUGUAUGAAUUAUUUAUUUGAAAUUUUUGUGACGGCAAUAAAUAUCGAUGAAGUGAUAUUUUGUAAA